GCUCUUCAUCAAUAUUUUAUUUUCCCUUUCAAGACAUGUCUAGCACGGCGCCUUUCUACGUCCACAGGCACAGCUGCGACACGUCCUCUUCAUGGUGCUGCUCGGAGCCGUUUCCACGGACAUUGCAUCGGGCUCCAGCAGCUGGAAGCGGCCCGUCGACAAGCGUGGUCCUGCGAUGCACUUCUGCGGUCCCUCGCUGGCUGACGCCCUGGAAAUGGUGUGCGAGUCCGGAAUGGGAAAACGAUCCGGAACCGCGCCUCGCCAGAAUCUGCUGAGGCCGGAAUUUUCUGGCGGACAUCUCUCCAUCUCGUCUGCUUCCACCAUGCCCUACUACCAGACGCAGCUCUACCACUCUGCAGACUCCAGGACGAAGAGGAGUCCCGGCAUUGUGGAGGAAUGCUGCCUGAAUCCGUGCACUCUGAGCACACUAGCGCAGUACUGCUGGUAAAGGUCCUGAAAUGAUGUCAAGGUUUUGUCCUAUGCUCAGAUACGAAGAAAACAUAACUCAUGAACGGAAAAUCCUUCACUUAUUUGAUGGUGUAAGUGUGAUUAGUUUUUGUGAAGCUAUUAUCCCAUAUGAUCUUAAUUUAACCAUUUAAAUAUAUUGCACACAUAUUUCUAGUUGAGGCAUUGCAUUGUGAUUUGUUUCGUCAGCAGACACACUACGUCAAGCUACAGUAGGUACAUAAUGGCACUAGCUUGCAAUUUAGUAACUGUAUCCCAUCUAAGACCCUUGAGCCAAAACUGCCACCCUGAGCCAAAGUUGAAGGCAGUUUGACAAAAGUGUCAAUAGAUGUGAGCACCAACUAUUCAUAAUGCUCGCUAAGGUUGAACAUUCAUCACUUAUAUAGACAAAAGUAGGCAAAAUGCAUACAUUUCACACUCAUUAAUGAUACUGUCUAAAUCUAACGCUAACUGCAACCCUCUAACCUCAAGAUCCUGGAUCUAAGCCUGUGAUAGCUACCUAUGUGAUGAUUGAUUGGGAAACCCUGUGUAAAAUGCACAUGACCAUUGUAACACUGUCCCAUGUUGGUGUUCUAUUGUUGUGAUAUUAGCUGAAAUAUACGCUUGAGAAAAA